AUGGCGGAUAAACGGAAGCAACCGCCAUCGUCUUCAAAGCAACAAGGAGGCCAGAAUGGCCGCGAUCGCAAACGCGCAAAGACGCGUGAUGCCCGCGCCAUCGCCGCGCAGAGCACCGGCACGGCGUUCCGAAACGGCGAGGUCGAUGUCGACAAGUUCGUCAAGGCACACGAGUAUGCGAUCAAGGCGCUGGAGAGCGGCAUGCAGAAGGCGCGUCAGGGUCUGACGACCAGGGCGUUCCAGGGCGUGCCCAAGGAGCUCCGCCGCCGCACGGCGAGUCACAACGUGAAGCGCGUGCCGAAGCGGCUCCGCGCACGCGGGGCGCGAGAGAUGGUUGAGGACAACACGCCGACGGUGACGGCUAGGAGGAGGAAGCCCAGUGGGCACAUGCGGCUAAGGCUGGACAAUGCGAAGAAGUUUCAGCGGUUCGUGAGCAAAGUUCGGGCGAAGAAAGGAAAGAAGAAUAAGGAACGGAGUGAGACGGCGGGUGAUGCUGGAGAAGGGGAUGUUAUGGAGGUCUCCGUCACGCAGGCGGAGGGUGCCAUCAAGACCAGGAAAGCGCGCGUCAAGUCCUCCAAGCCGAAGAAUCCGCCCGUCCCCCCGGCCAAGUUCCGCAAGCGCCAGCUGAACAAGCAGUGGCUUCCGACCCAUAUGUUUCACACGAAGCGUGCACACAUGACGCCUGCUUUGGAGCCGUUAUGGCGGUUUGCCAUACCACUGGCGCCAACGAUGAAGUGCUACAGAUCGACACAUAGAGCGAGCGUGGCGAGGGGUGCUGUGGCUUGGGAUACUAGCUACAUGUCGACUAUUGGCCUGACUGGAUCGGAGACGCACAUUCAGAAGCUUCUGACAGACUUCGGGGUUGACAACUGGGACAAACGAGGCCAGAAGUGGAGAGCCGGGAGUAGGACAUGGGAAGGGUGGCUUUACGAGAAGGGCGGGUGGCCUGAGAAGGCUAUCGCACCAGUGACCAUUGUAUGGUGUGCAAAGCCGAAGCCCGAGGACGUGGAAAUGCAAGACGGAACUACUGGCGGUGCUUCGUCUAAGCAGAAAGACAGGAGGGAUGUUUUGAUACGGAUACAUCCCUCGGCUUUCCUUGAGCUAUGGGAUGCGAUUCGUAAACUUAAUCCACCCGUCACUAUGGAGGAUCUUCGGUGGGAGAUCGGAAGCAUCGAGAUCACCGGACCUGGGGCUACUGAGGCGUUGUGUGGCGUUCUAUGGCCAGUUCCUGCGGACGACGCGGAGGACAGCCCCAGUUCCGUGUGGAAGAAGCUCGCUCCGGUCACCAACCUAGGCACCCUCCCGCUAAACGCCGUUCUAGGAUUCGAAAUAUCGGAUCCUAGGCUGCAUCAUCCACCUCGUACGGUGCAGAUUCCCACUGACAACAACUCACAUUCCCAGCUGGUGAACACAUGCGCUAGCUGGCCUCCAGACCGGACGCAAGGUCCAUCGGCUUUGUUCACGCGGAAGAAGCGCCUAGAUUCCUCACGUGCUCUUCCUAGCCAGAAGUCGAUCAAUCGCCGAAAGACGGCGGCAAUGCCAAAGGCAUACCCUGAACCUCUUUCAACAGACCCCGCAAUUCCGAUUCUUCUGUCCUCCUCACGCACUGGCGGCCUAGGCAACGGAACAUGGACCAUUUUACUGCCGUGGAAAUGUGUUUCUCCGGUCUGGAACUCGCUCAUGUACUAUCCGCUCUCCACGGGUGCAAACGUACGCUUUGGCGGGUUGAAUCAGAAGAGGCAACUGGCGUUUGAAGCCGGACUUCCUUUCUUCCCAGCUGAUCACCCUGGCACGAACGCAGGACAGGAGUGGGAUGUGCGGGAAACGGAAAAGAGGAAAGCGGAGUGGGAGAAGCGGCCAAAGGGAAAGAGGGUUCAGUGGGAGAGUCUCAAAUUGGCAGAGGGCCGGAUAGGUGAAGUGGGCAAAGGCUGGGCUUGCGACUGGGAUAUGCUACGUGGGGACACGGACGCAACAUCGGAAACAAGACCUUCGCUCUACCAAGUCCCGUCCUUCCUCGCCGAUGAAGCUACAUCUUCCCGCAAGACCGACAAGGUCCCCAACCCCGACCUUGCACUUACGAACGUCUGCGUUACUAUCAUCGGGCGUGGCGCUCCCACUGACUGCGCGCGCAUCUACCGCCUCCCUACGGCUGAUGCUGACCUGCGUCGGAAGUGGCUGGCCCUCACCCCGGGGCCACAGACAAAAUCAAGUGCAAAGAGGAAGACGGCGCAGUUGCUUCGCAUGCCAGCACCGGACGCUCCGGAACGCGUACACCAAGCUUUCCUGGCAGCCAGCUUAUUGGAUGGCGACAAGAAGGACGUCCAGGCCGGCGGAAAGGAUUAUCCGGUCGUACCAGACAAGGGAGACUUGAUUGGAUUUGUAACGGCUGGUAACUACAAUCUGGGAGAGGGCAGGGUGACUGGGGUGGGGAACGUGUUGUUGAAGAAGUUGGUGGAGGGUAUGGGUGUGGAGCAAAAUGCGGAGAGUCUUUGUAUCGUGCGAAAUGCGGGAGAGUCGGUGGGGAGGUUGGCGAAGUGGAAGAUUGUCUGA